CUUUCUCAAUUAUUUUUUUGUUCUCUUUCUUUUUUUAAUUUUUUUUUAAAUUUUCUAAAUCUCCCUUUCCCCACUCCACACAAAAGAAAAGCCCAAAGCUUCUUUUUCAACUCGGCUAAAUGAAUCAUUUUGACUCGUCGUCAACUCAGCUCUCAGUAUGAAUGCCCAGAUGUUCCUUUUUGACUUCCCAGAUACUUAGAGAAUAGUGAUAAUGGAGAACCCUAAAACCCCAGAAACCCUAGAAGCAAAAAACCCAGAUUUGGAUCUCCUAGAGGAAGCUUAUGAACCUCCUGAUUUGCUCACUUUGAUUGAAAGUAGUAAUGGGUUAGGCUCCAUUUUGGAUGUUCAGCUUCAAGAAAAUGGUAAUGCUUUUGGUGGAGAUAGCUUAGCCAUGGAUGUAAAAGAGAAUGGUGUCAAUAUCAUUGAGACUGAAGAAGGUUAUUUAGUGGGUGAUGGAGUUGAUAAUGUUAAAGAGGAUCAACAGGAGAGGUUGGAAGUGAGAGUGGACACUGGAAUUGGGGAUAAUGCAGUUGUAGAACCUAUUAAGGAUGAGGGGACUAAGGAAGAUGAUCGAACGGGGAUUAAUGGAGUUGGUUUAGUUAAGAGUGUACAAGUUUCCGGAGACAACAUUUCGCUUUAUGUAGACUUUUCGAGUACUUUAAAUGAAGUAAACAGUACUGGGUUAAUGACGGGUAAGGAGGAGUUAAUGGUUGAUGGGCAGGAAUAUAAGUUUUAUGUCGGUGAUAUUGUUUGGAUAAGAACCAAAAGUCAGAGUUGGUGGCCAGGAAAGAUCUUUGAUCCUUCAAAAGUGCCGGAGUAUGCUUUGGCUGGUGAGGAGAAAAACUGGUUGCUGGUUGGGUACUUUGGUAGUAGCCGUGUUGCUUGGUGCUGCUCAUCUCAGUUGAAGCCUUUCCAUUUGAACUUCCGUCAAAUGAUUGGACGGAAUAAAGCUCGUAGCUUUCUUGGUGCAGUUGAGAAGGCUGUGGAGGAUUUUGGUAAGUGCCUGAAGAUGGAGAUGACAUGUUCAUGCAUUUUGAAAGAAGAUAAGUUCUUAUCUUAUGGUUCUUCGACUAAGGAAGGAGCUUCCAUGCCCGAGCGCAAAUCUGGUCGACUGGGGGAGUUUUCUGCUACUCAGUUUGAGCCUGUAAAGUUUCUUUGUCAACUCAAGAGUUUUGCACAGGUUGUUUCAAAGCCUGAUAUGCUUGAAUUCGUUGCCCUACAGAACUAUUUGUCAGCAUUUUACUGUUCCAUAGGACAUUGCCAGUUGCCCUUGCAGCAACUGUGGGAAACGACAUAUGAUGCAGACAAUGCAGGCAGCGCUUCAAUGGGUGAAAGGGAUAACAAUGCUGGUUUAGCUGAAGGAAACAGCAUCUCAUAUAAGUUCUUGCUGGAACAAUCCGAUGUAAUGAAGAAUGAGAUGUUACAGCACAAUCCUAAUGGGGUUACAGCGAGGGUGUCAGGUGAGAACUGGGGGGCUUUACCGGGGAGCUGUGAAGACAUCAUUGCUGGAGAAGGGGUUUUCUCAAGCAACCAGGCUUUGACUUCGAGGAAGAGAAAGAGGAAAGUUCAUUAUGAGCUGAGUAAUAGCAGCACUCUGUUUGAAGGGCCUGAUCAGGGAACAUGUCUUUCUGUGGAAAAUGGUGAUGAUGACAGUGAAUUAAGAAAUGAAACGGGCUAUGAGUUGAGGGAACGAAAGAAGAGCAGGUAUUUAUCAUAUCCUUAUGUUAACUUGGAAGGUAAAGUUUUACCUGUAACGGAAGAUUCUAAAACUUCGAAAGUUUCUCAUGAGGAGGUUAAGGAAUUUAUCGGGUCUCCUUCAUCUGACAAAAGAAGUGCAAAGAGGUUCCAGAAAACAUGGUAUAGGAAAUUUAUAAAGGGAAAUGAUGUAACUGCUUAUCCGGAGCUCAGCAAUACAUCUUCUGCUGAUCUGCUUUCUGAGUUACAUUUGCUAGCUGUUGAUUGCCUGUUUCAAACCGAAAGUAAAACCUUUGGUCUGACUGAGUGGUUCUUUUCUAGAUUCAGAAUCUCGUCAUAUCAUGAUGAGUCCAUUUAUGAGAUGCACUGCAAGAAUAUGGCUAAUCAGAAAGAGGCUAUCGUUACUGAUCUUUGCUUGUUGGGGAAUGAUCCACAUCAAACGAAGCCUACUUCCUCGCCCCUCACUUCUCCUAGGAAUAAAAUGCAGAAGAAAAAGAAGCUUACAAACUCUGCAACAUCAAACGCUAAAUCUCCUUCUGGCAUGUUAGAUGGGAAUAUUAACUUAGCGGCAUGUAACUUAUCAGCAAAAGAGUCGCAGGCAAUGGCCUCUGAAGCACCUAAUGGGAAACAAACGCAUCAGGAGACCAAAGAAGCUACUAACAUACCUGAUUUAAAUGGAAAUGGUGCUAUAAAUCCAGGCUUAUUAGAUAAUGCGAGCUCCAGAUCGUUUAUGUUAGAUUUUCAAGGGACUGGCCCACAUUCUGUUGAAACAAUUGCUGAACAAAGUAACAGAGAAUGGUUGAAUGAUAGCCUGCCUGAUUCUAGUGGACCUAUUGCACCUCUGACAAGUCCAAACAUGGUUUCAUUUCUAUCUGAAAGCAAAUCAGGUCGGAAGAAGAGAGGAAGGAAGCCAAGAGCGCCAUCCAGCAGUCCGAACCCUGUGCUCACUUCAAACAUACCAGACCUAAAUGGAACUAGCACGGAACCCAACACAUCGACAAAAGAUUCACAGGAGGCAAACAGUGUCCCACCUACAGGAAAACCUGCACGGAAGAGGCGGAGGAGGAGGAAAGGCGAGAUUAGUUUAGGCACUCCGAGUAUGAUUAUAGAUUAUAAUGGAGCAGGGACAAGUGGAAAACUCCUUGCAACCACUCUCCUCUUGACAUUCACCCCUGGUGCUUCCAUGCCUUCAAAAGAAGUUUUGGUUGCCACAUUUUCCAGGUUUGGGCCCUUGAAGGAAUCAGAGGUUCAGAUACUUAAAGAUUCUAGUAAUGCCCAUGUUGUUUUUAUGCGUAACGAAGAUGCUGCAAAAGCAUUGCGGAGUUUAGAGGAGAGCAAUCCUUUCGGUGCAACCCUUACGAAUUAUCAGCUUCAGAAUAACAAUAUUCUAACCACUCAUCAACACAUGGAGGGAUUCCGGCUGCCUGCAAAGCUUACCGGUGCAAUGCCUCGCCUCAGUGACGCACCUCCCAUUGACGUUAUAAAGAAGAAUCUAGAGAUGAUGACAUCAAUGCUUGAGAAAUCGGGGGAUAAUCUGUCUCCGGAGAUGAAGGCAAAGCUGGAGAGCGAGAUAAAAGGACUACUGAAGAAGGUCAGCCAUUGUCCUGGAUCCUCUUCCUAGUUAGAAGUGUAACUUGGGGAGGCUGCUUCUUCUAUGUAUGUUCUGUGAUGUAGUUUCCUAAAAGUAGAGACUCAUUUGUCUUCAAGGUAGCUACCUAUCUGUAGUGCUCUCUCUCUGUUAGCUCUUAAAGGAGCUGAGAAUGUUUGUGGUUAAUUUGUAUGUGGGGAGAGCAUUAAGCGGUGGCAAUGAUGUGCAUCUCUUCUUAGUUUCUUUCAAUAACUUUUGUCUCUCUUUGAAAUGAUGGUUGUUCUUAAUAACAAACCUUGAACUUCAACUUCAA